AUGGGUGCCGGAGGUAUUACUCAAAUGGUUCUCCUUGGAAAUGAUUAUAUUAGAAUCAUAAUGACUAAAUUGCCAACAACAAUAACGGAAGAGAGAAUUCGAGAUUUAUGUGAACCAUUUGGACAGAUUCGUAAAAUCGAUUUCAUCCGACACAAUGAAAACAGCUCGUGCGUAGGAGUGACAUAUUCAAAAGUCGAACAAGCACGUCUCGCUUUCAGUGAAUUGAAUGGUUAUAUUGAGCAGGGUCGCGAAAUCACUGUUAGCGAUUCAUGUUUGAAAACUGAAGCAACCACAGGCAAACAAAAUUGUCGUCUCAAAGCUAUAUGGUAUCUAACACAAUCAACUGGAAGUGGAAGGAUUACUUUUCGACAAGAAAAAAGUGCACUCGAUGUAUAUGACCUGUUUAAAAGGCUACCAUUGAAAUGCUCAUAUGAACGCUCAACUGAUGCUCCUACAAUGAAAGUUAUCUACUAUCUUAGUGAAAAUAACGGAAAAGCUUUUAUUAAUUUUGGCACACUUAAGCAAGCACAAGAUGCUGUCAGAUUGGUGAACAAUCCAUUAAUAACACUUGCACAAAGUACACGAAAUAGUACAGGAUCCGUUCUAUUCCAAGGAUUUUCAAAAGAUUUUGACGAAGAAGAUAUACGCAAUAAUUUUCAAGCUUGCAGUGGUAUCGUUGAUGUACAGGUUCUACGCGGUGGAAAAUGGAAGAUCAUUAGAAAACCUGACUCUGCUGCAGAUGAUAUCAAAUCGAUAUUUAAUCGCUACAAAUCGUUUCAACAGGAUUCAAUAAUAUUUGACGAUAAGAUAUCUAAUGGUAAAUUAAUAGCAUUCGUUGAGUUCUUAGAUAUUACCGAACUAAAACAAGCAAUCGAAGAAAUGAGUGGAAAAACAGGAAUAAUCGGUUGUAGUAAAGUAAGAUUAUCUGAACGAAUUCAACAAAAGAGAGAGGAAAGAAAGAAGAAGAAAGAAGAUGAAUAUGUUAUUAAACUGCAAAAUCUUGAUAGAUCAUGGGAUAAACAUGAUCUUAUCAAAAUUUUAAAAGAAAACCAAUUAUAUGAUGACGUAAAAAAUGUUACGAUUUUUCGUCAAAAAUUAGAAAAUAAAACUUCUACAACUAUGAAAACUAAUGCUACUUCGGAAGAGGAGGAUAUUGGUUUAGUUGGUCUUCGUUCUAUGUUUCUUAGUACAAAAGGUUUAUUUCAUUCCGUACCAGAUUGUCAGAUUCCAUCAUGCACACCAGAUGGAACCGUUACAGCACUUGUUCUUUUUGAUGAUCCUACUGAUAUUACAACAGCUAUACAAACCUAUGAUAAUCAAGUAAUUCAAUUGUUUAAAGGUUCAAGUAAAGUACGUUUGAUUCCAUCGAUGGCGCAUGAAGUAUUUAUUAAUGCAGCCUUGGUAAAGGCUAUUCCAGAUAAAAUUGAACUAGCAACGCAAUAUGUUCGUGAGAAAUAUAAAAGACUUUAUAUUAAAGCUUUCUCAUCAGAAAAGAGGGAGAAAGCAACUACGAUGAAAAUAAUAAUCGAUGGUGAUGACAUAGAACAGAUAAUAAUGGCUAAAGUUACACUUGAUAAUUUGAUGAAGGGUAUGGAAUAUAGUUUUGAAGCUGAUCCGGAGAAGACAAGACUCAUCUUUGAUCGUGCCGGCACGAAAGUACUAGGAAGAAUUCAAAAUGAAACUGGAACUUAUAUUUGGUGGAAUUAUUCAAAUUCUUUUAUACGAAUUUAUGGCAAUGAUCAAGCGUCAAAUAUAGCUAAAAAAUGUAUAGACGAUUAUAUCCGAGAUAUUAUAGAAAAUAAAAAUUCUACAAUCAUAUUAGAAAUUCCGCCUGCAGGUUAUAUACGUCAAGUAUUAAAAAUAAGUGAAACUUAUCAGGAAACAAUUGGAAAUGAAUAUAAAGUUGAAAUUAGUACAUUAGUUGCUAAACGCCAAAUACGAAUUGUAGGUAAAGAACAAGAUGUAGCAAAAUGUGAAGAAGCCAUUAAGAAGAACUGGUCAACUAUACUCGUGGAGCAAAAAUCACCAUCUAAACAACUCACAGCUAUGAACACUAUUGAGUGUCCGAUUUGUUGUGAUGUAGCUAAUUAUUCUUUACAAGCGUGUGGACAUGCUUACUGCCUACGUUGCCUUAAAACACAACUGUCGACAAAGUUUGAUACAACACUAAGUAAUGAGAGUCUUAUGAUAAAGUGCAUGACAUCAAAAUGUGAUUCGUCACUUUUGUUACGUGAUAUUAAAACAAUAAUUGAUCCAAACAAUCUGCCUAAAUUAGCACGAGCAUCAUUUCAAGCUUAUUUGAAAUUCAACAAAGAUAUAGUGCAAUGCAUUGGUACUGAUUGUAAACAAGUAAGAAAAUAA